GUGCCGAUAAAGAGUUGCGCUACUGUAUAUAUUGUGGUAGCAGUGCAGCUAAAAAGAACAGACCCUAAAUUAUACUAGCUAUAUUUCUAACGAAUUCUGAUGGAAAGAGUGUGUAACAGUUAUUAAAUAUUUUCAUAUAAUUUUUUGCUGUAUACUGUGCUGUUAAUUAUAUAUGCAAGUAAAUGAAUAUUUAUAUGAAAUGAGAAAUGAAUCAGUCAGUAUGACAAUGUGGAAUUUUUGUGCAACAUGCUUCAAAUGAACAAUUUGCAGGUAAUAAUGGUAGUAUUAAGGAAAAAAUAAUUUUAAAUCUUUAAACCAUUGGAAGAACUUCUAACCUCCUAAAGUCAUUAUUUUACUCGUUAGGACUUAUUGAUCAGAAAGUAUUAAUACUUGUUCGAUGGCUUAUCAUCAGAGCUGUCCAAAAUAACAAAUACAUCACUGCUAAUCCAGAAGGUAUCUGUAGGAAUAGCAUAAGGAAAGUUUUUAGUAUACCGUAGAUAUAUAUGAUUAAAUGGCAAUAAUAAUAUUUACCUAUAUUAGUGGCUGCAACUUCCCAACAUUUGCUGUUUGUAUGUUUUCUUUCUAAAAUAUAUUUCAGAGGAUACCCUACAAUUUGACAUAAACCUUGUCUCUGGGCCCAGUAGGCCUAAAAUCUAAGAAUCUGAUUUAUUUUAUGUAAUAAUACAUAAAUGGGAUAACAUCACAAUGUUUUCUAACAUUCAGAAAAAGGAUUAUAGAGUUGUGGAUCUAAUACGACAAAGGGAAAUACAAGACUCAGUCACACAUACAAUUUUGCAAAAACUACAUGUUACCGAAAAUCUAAUAUCACGUCUAGGUUUAGAAAAGGAAUUAAAUGGUCAUACAGGAUGUGUUAAUUGUUUAGAAUGGAAUGAAACUGGACAAAUACUUGCAUCGGCAUCAGAUGAUAAGGAUAUUAUAUUGUGGGACCCUUUUCGUUAUGAAAAAAAAUUAGUACUUCAUUCGGGUCAUCGUGGGAAUAUAUUCUCUGUAAAAUUUAUGCCAAAAUCAAAUGACAGCAUACUGGUAUCAGGUGCAGGGGACUGCAAGAUUCGGGUGCAUGAUCUAACACUCUCCGAACCAAUAUUCACGUGUAAAUGCCACAGACAGCGUAUUAAACGUAUCGCCACUGUGCCCAGUAUUCCCUUCUUGUUUUGGAGUGCGGGCGAAGAUGGUCUCUUUUUACAAUAUGACAUUCGUACACCGCAUAUUUGCAGGAGCAACAACCACAGUGUUCUCGUGAACUUAGUUUAUCAUAUGGGUCGUUAUGCGGAGGGCAAAUGCAUUGCCAUAAAUCCGAGAAAACCUGAGCUGAUAGCUAUUGGCGCUAACGAUGCUUAUAUUCGGAUGUAUGAUCGACGAAUGAUUAAGUUAUCGCAGCUACCUCCAUCUCCCUCUAUACAUGAUAAUUCAGAUUGGGCAAAUAUAAGUCGAGCAGGAAAAGGUGAUCCAGAUGAUAAUAUUCCAUUGGGUAGCACACAAUACUUUAUAGCAGGCCAUCUGCAUUCUCGUGAUGGUAAUAAGAGCAUUACAACUACCUAUUUGACAUUCAGUGAUAAUGGAAAUGAAUUACUUGUGAAUAUGGGUGGAGAACAAGUUUAUUUAUUUGAUAUCAAUGAGUCAAGUAAUUCAAAAACAUUUCUUAGUUCAUCAAGGAAAUAUUCAAAUUCAAUCGAGCGAGAUGAAGAUCUUGACAAGUAUUGUAUGAAACAAAACAUAAACUAUACAGAAGAUUUUGUAGAAAAAACUGUAAAAAUAUUGCCACCCUAUGUCGAAGAAUUAAAACGUCAAGCAAAUGAAAGAUUUGAACAGCAGAAGUAUUCACUAGCUAUUAAUUUGUACAAUAAAGCAAUUUCUUACUGUCCAUGGGCAGCAGUACUUUUUGCUAAUCGAGCAGCUGCUUACAUGAAACGUGCUUGGGAUGGCGAUAUUUAUGCCGCUUUACGAGAUUGUCAGACAACAUUAUUUCUCGAUUCGGAACAUAUAAAAGCUCAUUUUAGAUUGGCGCGUUGUCUGUUUGAUUUAAAUCGAUCAAUUGAAGCUGAAAAAGUACUCAAGAAUUUUCAACAAAAAUUUCCAGAAUAUUCAUCUAAUUCAGCGUGUAAAGCAUUGAAGAUGGAUAUAAAGGAAGCUAUUGAUGCUGGAAAAGAUGUAACUCAAACCAAUCAACCAUUUUUUCCAAUAUCAGAAUAUGAGCAAGAAUGGAGACGUAAUACAAUCGACUACAAAAUGAGAUUUUGUGGUCAUUGUAAUACUACAACUGAUAUAAAAGAAGCAAACUUCUUUGGAAGCAAUGAUCAAUAUAUAGUAGCUGGAUCAGAUGAUGGUUCUUUUUUCAUCUGGGAUCGUAAUACUACUAAUAUUAUACGUGUACUUCGAGGAGAUGAUAGAAUUGUCAAUUGUUUACAACCACAUCCAUCCACGUGCUUGUUAGCUACCAGUGGUAUUGAUCCUGUGAUCAGAUUAUGGAGUCCAUGGCCAGAGGAUGGUAGUGUAAAUGAAAGGGAAAUACAGAAUCUGGAUGAUGCUGCAUCAGCCAAUCAAAUACGUAUGAACAGUGAUCCGUUCGAAUUAAUGCUUAUGAAUAUGGGAUACAGAUUUCGUGAUCCUCAGCAUGAAUUUGGUGACGAAAAUGGUGAAAAUCAAUUUAGUCAACCGAUAACACAAGCUUUAAAUUGCAGGCCAAGUUAAAUUCUUGCGAGAAAAAACAGACUAAAAUAGAUAAUUUUAUCUAUAUUAAUAUGCAUAUUAUGAUUUUGCACACUAUUUUAAUUAUUUAUUUUUUCAUCGAUCUUGAAUUAUUUUUAUUAUAUAAUAAAAGCAUUUUUGUAAGAUUGAAUACAAGAUAAAGUUUUGUUUAUUAAGAUGAUAUUAUGAGUGUAUUAAGAAAUGUAAUCCAAAAUUGAGCAAGAAUUAUAUAUUUCAAAUCUAUAAUUAAUAUAUCAUAUUGUGUGUGUGUGUGUAUAUAUAUUCGUAUGUGCGUGUAUUGUGCGCGUGUAUCUUUGUACAAAAUGAGUUUGCUUCUAUUUUCUUGUAAGCAUAUUGUUUUCUAUAAUGAAAAAGAAACUCAAAAUUCAA